UGGUUAUACCUUUUAAACGGUUUAAACUUGCAGGACCAUCAUACUUAGUUGGGCGAGAUCACAUGCUUAAACACAGUCUGAUAGUAUAAAGCGUCCGCGAAGCAACCCUUCUGUCCGGUCCAGCGAUUCUCAUUCAAGCCAAUAUGGAUAGGAGUCUUUCUCUCCUCGUUGUUUUCUUUUUCAUAUCGGUUUCCACGAUCUCGUCAGAGACAGAGGAUUUGGCGGCCGCGAGUGAUACAGAGCCGUUAAUCCGGCAGGUGGUCGACGGCGGAGACCUUCGAUUGGGCGCAGAGCAUCACUUCUCUUUGUUCAAGAACAGGUUUGAGAAGUCGUACUCCUCUAAGGAAGAGCAUGAUUACAGGUUCAAGGUAUUUAAGGCGAACUUGCGCCGAGCUCAACGGCACCAGAAGCUGGAUCCGUCGGCAGUUCAUGGCGUGACUCAGUUCUCGGAUUUGACUCCGUCCGAGUUUCGGAAGAAAUUUCUAGGUCUCAGAGGUCUCAGGUUGCCUGAAAAUGCACACAAGGCUCCCAUAUUACCGACUGAUAAUCUUCCGAGUGACUUUGAUUGGAGAGAGCAUGGUGCUGUUACCCCUGUCAAGAAUCAGGGUUCAUGUGGUUCAUGUUGGAGUUUUAGCGCAACUGGGGCCCUGGAAGGUGCUCACUUCCUCGCUACAGGACAACUUGUCAGCCUUAGCGAACAGCAACUUGUGGACUGCGAUCAUGAGUGUGAUCCAGAAGAACCCGGUUCUUGCGACUCUGGAUGCAAUGGCGGACUGAUGAAUAGUGCUUUUGAAUACAUCCUUAAAGCUGGAGGGAUAAUGCGGGAGGAUGACUAUCCUUAUACUGGUACAGAUCGUGGGGCCUGCAAAUUUGACAAGACCAAGAUCGCGGCAUCAGUGGCAAACUUCAGUGUUGUCUCGCUUGACGAGGAUCAGAUUGCUGCUAAUCUUGUGAAAAAUGGCCCUCUUGCUGUGGCCAUCAAUGCAGUAUAUAUGCAGACAUAUGUGGGAGGAGUAUCAUGCCCUUACAUAUGUUCAAAGCGGCUAGACCACGGGGUGUUGCUGGUGGGAUUUGGUUCAGCUGGCUAUGCUCCCAUUCGGCUGAAAGAGAAACCAUAUUGGAUCAUUAAGAAUUCAUGGGGAGAGAAUUGGGGAGAAAAUGGUUAUUAUAAGAUUUGCCGGGGACGCAAUAUCUGCGGUGUGGACUCAAUGGUAUCCACCGUGGCUUCCAUUCACGCAAAUUCUGAGUAGUCUGUUAGUUCUCCUCAACUACAGCUAUCAACUUUCAUUUGUGUACAUAAUGUAUCUCGACAUUAUACCAGGGAUACAAUAUCAUGAUUAAGGUGUAACUUACAGGAUAUUUGCUCGAAAAAGCAUUUAACUAUCCUCUAAUAACAUCGCAACAAUUUGUCAGCUUCUUCACAAACAGUGAAUAUUUAAAUUGAUUUUAUGCAAGGGUUGGAGUGUUUCAAUUC